AUGUUCUGGGCCUCCGCGCCCGACGCCUUCGAGGUGCUCAAGGGGGACGGCCUGCUGCAGAAGUACGAGGUCAAGGUCAAGGGCAUUCCCGAGAAGGUGGGCGCCUUCCCGGUCAACGACCCCGAGGGCUAUUACAAGGGCUUUGCCGCGUCGGGCUACGGCAUCAUGUGGAACACCCGCUACAUCAAGGCCAAGAAGCUGCCGGUGCCGAAGACCUGGGCCGAUCUGGCCAAGCCCGUCUACCAUGGCCACGUAGGCAUGAGCGCGCCGUCGCGCUCCGGCACCACCCACCUGACCGUCGAGACCCUGCUUCAGGGCAAGGGCUGGGCCGAGGGCUGGGCCGAGUGGAAGGCCAUCGCGGGCAACUUCAAGACCGUCACCGAGCGCAGCUUCGGCGUACCGACGGCGUCAACUCGGGCCAGUUCGGCUUCGGCGUCGUGA